AUCAAUGUAGACUGUCAUCGACGAAUUAUUUACGAAGUCCUGACAAUAAUGGGAAUUCAUCAAGAAAUGCAGGAUAAUCUAUAAAAGUAAAAUUGUCGGGUAUCAAUAUAUUAUCACUGCUUAGGCUUUCCUUCUCUUCUCAACGAAGCUACUCUACAGAGCGCGGGAAUUUUAAAAGACGUCACUGACAUUUAUUAAUGGCGAUGACAGAAAAUUUUAAAUGUAACAAAUGUACCUGUCAACUACCGUAUUUCCUUCCCUGCGAAGUGUCUCUUCAUAAUACAACCAAGGAUUGUUGGGUCUCGUAUCGAGGUAGUGUGUAUGACUUAACAGAACUUUGUAACCUUCGAAAAGGACACCAAGGGAUUGAACUCAUUAUCGCAUAUGCCGGCAAGGAUAUCAGCCACUGGUCUUAUGAUAAUGCAAAAGAGCACGUAGCAUUUGGCGAAUCGAUAAAUUCGACUGUCAAUAAUCGUCCUUCUUGGCUGGAUGACAAAUACAUGAGGGGGAAUCUGACGAAGAAUGCUAGACCUUGUAGGAUCAUCAAUGUUCUUACUGGGACCGAGGCAGUUAUAUUGAUUUGCGAAGAAGAUACUGUAGCAAGAAUUCAAGAACGUUUUCUGGGCUUUAAUGCACAUGGUACGUCUUAUACAUGGAAAUUUGAGGGACUACCUAUCGAUACGAAUUGCACUUUAACUGAAAAUGGAAUAGUGGAUGAGAGAGAACGUUUUUUAGAAGCUGGAUUACCAGACGAUACUUAUAUACCAGCCAUCCUUUGUUACUACAAUGACGAUCUUACAGAGCAGUAAUAUUACAUUAUUGUUAACUCAAGCUUUUCAAUAUUGACUGAGAUAAUUAAA